CCCAAAUCCAACGCGAACUCCUGUCUCCGUAUUCUUUCCCCCGCCUCCACGGCACCUCGGCAUUUCGUCGAACAGCUUGCCAUCUUUUACUCCGCUUCCGAUCGCCACCGCUCCCUUCACGCCACCUCCAACCCCUACUUCCCACGCAAGCCCUAGCCCGGCGAGGAGUCUCAUCCUCCUGUUAUUUAUGCAGCACCGGGCCAUCUGAGGCCACCUCAUCCACCUGCUCUUCGAUCCGCAUCUAACGGAAGAUCUGAAAUGGCGACGACAUCUGUGACCGCGACCGGGGAGGAGGAUGUGGCGACGGCAGCGCUGCCGGCGCCGGUGGCGGGGGGUCCCGAGAUCGCGUUUUUCGACGUGGAGACCUCGGUGCCGCAGCGGACCGGGCAGGGUUACGCGCUGCUCGAGUUCGGGGCCAUCCUGGUGUGCCCGCGCCGUCUCGUCGAAGUCGCCUGCUACGCUACGCUAGUGCGCCCCAACGACCUCGGCGUCGUCUCGGCAGCCUCCGUCCGCUGCAACGGCAUAACGCGCGAUGCUGUCGCCGGCGCGCCGGGAUUCCGCGACGUUGCCGACGCCGUCUACGACGUCCUGCACGGGAGAGUCUGGGCCGGGCACAACAUUGUGAGGUUUGAUUUGCCAAGAAUAAGGGAGGCAUUCACAGAGAUUGGCCGAUCACCUCCAGAGCCAAAGGGGACGAUAGACACCUUACCUCUGCUUACUCAACGAUUUGGGAGGAGAGCAGGGGACAUGAAGAUGGCAAGUUUGGCAAAUUACUUUGGUCUAGGGAGGCAAAAGCACAGGAGCUUGGAUGAUGUCAGGAUGAAUCUUGAUGUUCUCAAGUACUGUGCUACAGUGCUAUUCCUGGAGGCAAGUCUUCCAGAAGUACUUACUGUUGAGAACCUGUUGGAACGUGCAAUUACAAGGAGCAAAGCUAAUGGAGCUACUUCUCCUGAGGCACCAAAGCCUGACGCAACGUCUUCACCGGAUUCUUCAAAACGGCAACGGACCGUUUCUCGAGUGAACAACUCAAUUCCAGAUGGAGACAAUCAAGAAACUGUUGAUCUUGCAACUAACAAUGAAUCUAGUCAGCUAAUAUCCCAUAUUGAGGAAAUGAAGUUAGAUGGCACUAUGAAGAUGGAUGCGAGUUCCAGUGGUUAUUCUGGGUUCCUUGAGCCGCAGGAUGUAUCAACUGUGUGUAUCAAAAUUUGUGUUGCCCCCUCCUACCAAUUUGCUCAGCGGAUAUCUAUCAGGCACAAAGAUAGUCCACUGCACCUUUGUUGUGCGGCCUUGAAAGUCCAGUUUGGAGUCAGUACAAAGUUUCUAGACAAUGCAGGUCGACCAAAGUUGAACAUAGUGGUUGAUAUCCCUGAGAAUCUAUGUAAAGUUCUAGAAUUUUGUGAUGGUCUUGCUCAGAGGUCUUCACAAGAAUCUGGUAGUACUUCUGACUGGAGACCUUUGAUAAAGAAGUAUGGUUAUGUGAAUCAUCCAACCGUCCGCCUAAACAUCCCUACUAUUGUCAGCGGUGAUGCUUCGGUCUACUCGACGGAUAUAUAUCAGAAAGAGCCUAGCGGUAAUAUUCAGAAGCUUGCCUUUAGCAAGGUAGAUACUGCAGAGCUGGACUCUCUGUUUGCUCAAGGGAACAAGCUGGACGCGUUCUUCUCUCCGGAAAUAUACGACUACCAACAAAACGCUGGCAUCCGGCUGGUUGCAAAGAAACUAGUUGUGCACUCCAAAUAGCACAUUAGCACCAGGCGUCGUAGUUCAUGUGAUCCUAGUGCUAGAAACUAACUCUUGCACUAAUCUGGUGCCUUCCAUGUCUUUAAUCAGUUGUAUAUUAUCAUGUGAAUGCAAUAAGAUCUGACCAGUAGAGUAGAUGUUGAUGUUGAAGUAGGGAUUUGAACGUUGUAAUCUAACAAUACAUGCAUAAAUUUGGGAAGAUGUAUAGGUGCACAAUGCUUUGUUGUUUCGAAGCCGCAGUUUCCCAUCAUGUGCCAGGACUGCUUUAUUCA